GAGAGAGAUAGCGAGGUACUGGACGAGGAAAGAAAGAGAAGGGGAGAGGCAAAGGGACACAGAAAGCAGUGAUACCGUCCAAGCAAACCUUUUCAGACGGGGCUUGAGUUAGCAGAGCCCCAAAAAAGAAAUGGCACCUCCCCACCCGAGAAGCCUUAUGUAGCCAACUUUUAUUAGUUCUAGUUUCUGGAUUACUUUUUAUCUUUGGAGAGUGUUUUCUGUUUUAAGCAGUCUGUGCACGUUUUUUUGCUCCUCUCGCCCUCUGGAAGGAGGAUUUUUUUCUCUUUGGGAUUUUCCGUGUAAGAGAUGAGUGACAGGAGGCGAUCUGCCGCCGCUCUGAGUUCGAGAGCGCACGCGUUUUCGGUGGAAGCUCUGAUCGGGACGAACAAGAAAAGGAAGCUCCGGGGCUGGGAGGAAAAGGAGUUGGAAUUGUCCAUGGAAAGCCUCGCGACCAACGGACCGCUCGGAGACGGCGAGGACCCAGCUCACUGCCUGGAUAUUGACCCUGAUUCAGAAGCCAGUCCCGGCUCAGAUUGCGAGGGCCUGGCUGAGAGGACGUCUUGUUCGUUCGGCUCCCCCUCGGACCUGGCCCCCACUCCCUGCGACCCCUCGUCUUCUUCUUCCAUGGAGGAGAUCCAGGUGGAGCUGCAAUGUGCCGACCUCUGGAAGCGUUUCCACGACAUUGGCACGGAGAUGAUCAUUACGAAAGCCGGCAGGAGAAUGUUUCCAGCCAUGAGAGUGAAGAUCCUGGGUCUGGAUGCACAUCAGCAAUACUACAUAGCAAUGGACAUUGUGCCGGUGGACAACAAAAGAUACAGGUAUGUUUACCACAGCUCCAAGUGGAUGGUGGCAGGUAACGCUGACUCCCCUGUCCCCCCACGUGUCUACAUCCACCCUGACUCCCUGGCCUCUGGGGACACCUGGAUGAGACAGGUUGUCAGCUUCGAUAAGCUGAAACUCACCAACAAUGAACUGGACGACCAGGGACAUAUCAUCCUGCACUCCAUGCACAAGUACCAGCCGCGGGUCCACGUGAUCCGGAAGGACUUCAGCAGCGACCUCUCACCCACCAAGCCCGUCCCCGGCGGAGAGGGCGUGCGGACGUUCAGCUUCCCGGAGACCGUCUUCACCACCGUGACGGCCUAUCAGAACCAGCAGAUCACCAGGCUAAAAAUUGACAGAAACCCUUUUGCAAAAGGAUUCCGGGAUUCUGGGAGAAACAGGACUGGCCUGGAGGCUAUAAUGGAAACCUAUGCCUUCUGGAGGCCUCCGGUGCGGACACUCACGUUUGAGGACUUCACCAACAUGCAGAAACAGCAAGGCGGAAGCACAGGCACCUCCCCCACCACCUCCAGUACAGGCACCCCUUCUCCCUCCGGCCCCUCCCACCUCCUGUCCCCCUCCUGCUCCCCGCCCACCUUCCACCUGGCCCCCAACACAUUUAACGUGGGCUGCAGGGAGAGCCAGCUGUGCAACCUCAACCUCUCCGAAUACCCCGCCUGCGCCCGGAGCAACAUGGCCGCUCUGCAGGGCUACGGCGGGCUGCCCGACGGCUCCUACGGCCGGCUGCAGGCGGGGGGCUCUGUGACCUCGGGCCAGGCCUCCGACUCCUUCCUUCCCCAGAGGACUUCCUCCCUGAUCGCCGCGGGGAUGCAGGCCGGCGCUCAUGGCUCGCUGCCCGGCGGCGGCAGCGGCAAGAUGGAAGCCUACGGCGGCCAACUGGGCUCCUUCCCCACGUCGCAGCUCCAGUAUGUGAUGCAGGCGGGCGGCGGCUCGGGCCCCGGCCCCGCCUCCGGCUCCUCCUCCAGCCCCUCCUCCUCUGCAGCCCACAUGUUUGGCAGCAGCCACCACAUGCAGCAGGGAUCAUACAACGCCUUCUCCCUCCACAACCCUUACAAUCUGUACGGAUACAAUUUCCCAGCCUCCCCGAGGCUGGCCACCAGCCCCGAGAAGCUGACGGCGGCUCAGGGUGGCCUGCUCUGCUCCCCUUCCCCAGGCGGAGCCUUCACUGAGCGCCAGUACCUGUCCAACGGGAUGGAGGGCGUGCACAUGAUCGGCAGUCCCGCGGGCGGCCAGCAGGGGGCCGGCGCCUGCGACGGGCGGCAGUAUGGAGCCUCCUCUCAGAUGUCGGUGCACAUGGUGUGAACUGGAUCAUUACCGUUGGCUACU